AGGAUAUCUGUGAAAUCCAAUUUGGAUAAAAAUGUAAAUUUUGUUAGAAUUAUUACUGACAAGACAAUUGCUCUUGGAGUCGAAUUAUUCCACAGCAGUGAAGAUGUUAAAAAAGAAAUUUUUAUUAGUGUAAACAUUUCCUCUGAUCAGCAACAUCUCAUUUUUGUCGGCAGACAAUUAGAAGACUUCCAUACUUUGCCAUGGAAUGAUAAUGCACCAUGCUGGAGGCAAGCUGUGGAUGACCUUAACUUUGAAUGUAGAUGUUUUAUAUUUCUUGAUAAAAUAGAGAUAAAAUAA